AUGCCCAUUCGUUUCGCAGGACUUCUGUCAGACUGCUCCUCGUGUGGGCUGAUAGCUUCUUCGGCCAACAAGGGUGGAUCCUGCACAUCAUGUCUAAAAGCUGGCAUCCAGGGCCACAACACAGCACGAUACCACAACUCUUGCGCCCCAACAAGCAAUUUGUUCACUCCUCGAAUUUUCCUCCAGGAAACAGAAAAGCUAUUCUCCAUGCCCCAAUAUGAUUUGAUUGUGGGUGAACUAUGCGAUAUAACAGUUUUAGGUGCGGAGAAGUUUAGACACUGGCCUAGUUACCAUGGCAUAUCAAGUGGGGAUUGCAGGAAUGUACAAAUAUUAAUAGACAAAUAUUUGUCUGUGGCACGCGGUUCUAUUCAGAGCCUAAAUCCUUGCUCUGUCCCACUUUGUUUGUGUCAUUUUGAUGUCCCCUCAAUUAUAAUUCGUGAUUUCUAUUUAAAGACAUAUUUUCUUGAGAUUGCGCGGUUUGGUUUUUAA